AUGAGCGCCCGAAUUCCCAUUCCAACCCCCAAAGGAAUCCCCAUUUUGGGCAAUAUCACAGAGCUGGCUCAGGAUGUCCCCGAGUACAGUCUCUACCGGCUGGCCGAUCAACACGGCCCCAUCUUCCGCCUCACCUUCCUCAACCAAAGCAUCGUCUUCGUCAAUUCGUACGAGCUCGCUAACGAGGAAAUCCGCAACUGCGUCCACGAUGGCCUGUUCACGGCCAAUUACCCCGGCGAGGAGAACCGGGAGAUCGCCCACCGCGUCCUGGUCCCGGCGUUUGGGCCGCUGAUGAUCCGAGGGAUGUUCGAUGACAUGUACGAUAUUGCGAGCCAGUUGGCCCUCAAAUGGGCCCGUCAAGGCCCCAACACCGCCAUCACGGUGAAUGAAGACUUCACGCGCGUCAGCAUGGACACGAUCGCUCUCUGCGCACUAGGCACUCGGUUCAACUCCUUCUAUCGAGACGAGAUGCCGCAUUUUAUCGCCACCAUGCGGAAUCUCCUGCAGGCCUCGUCAGCGAGAGCAUUGCGUCCGGCUGACCUGGUCGACGCCCGGCUGCAAGACCCCGUCGACAAGAAAGACCUCCUCAACGCCCUGAUCCUGGGCCGCGACCCGCAGACAGGCCAGAAGCUAACCACCGACUCGAUCGUGAACAACAUGAUUACUUUUCUAAUAGCCGGCCACGAGACAACAUCCGGCAUGCUCUCCUUUCUCUUCUACGACCUCCUCAAACACCCACACGCGUAUCGCAAGGCCCAAGACGAGGUCGACCGGGUGAUCGGCCGACGCAAGAUCACGGUCGAGGACUUGACCAAGCUCCCGUACAUCACGGCCGUGAUGCGUGAGACGCUCCGGCUGCAUUGUCCCGUCACCAUGCUGGUGGUCCAUGCCCAUCCUAUCAGGAACAACGAGGACCCUGUCACCCUGGGAAACGGUCGGUACGAGCUCUACAAGGACGAACCCGUGGCCAUCCACAUCGGCAAGAUCCACCGCGACCCGGCCGUGUACGGCGACGAUGCCGACGAGUUCAAGCCAGAGCGGAUGCUCGACGGUAAGUUUGAAAAGCUGCCGAAGAACGCGUGGAAGCCAUUUGGAAACGGGAUGCGCGCGUGUAUCGGCCGUCCGUUCGCCUGGCAGGAGGUGCUGGUCGUCGUGGCGAUGCUCUUGCAGAAAAUUAACUUCCAGAUGGUAAAUCCCAGCUAUGAUCUGCGGUUGAAACAGGCCAUGACGCUAAAGCCUGACGGGUUCACCUUUCGGGCGGCGAUCAGACAUGGCCUGGAUGCUACCAGGCUGAGUGCUUUCUUGAAUAGGGGCAGUGACCUUACUGAAUAUGCUGGCGCGCUGGGUCGAGAGUGCAAUAUGGAGAUGGUCUUGGGCAAUCAUUUGAAACCGAUGCGCAUCUUCUUUGGCAGCAAUAUGGGAACAUGCGAGGCGUUUGCAUGGCGACUGGCUCACGACGCGCUCCAAUAUGGAUUCCGAGCUGAGGUCAAGGCGCUGGAUGCAGCUCGGGAGAACCUCUCUCGCGGUGAUCCAGUUGCGUUCAUGACCGCGUCGUAUGAAGGGCAGCCCCCGGACAAUGCCACGCACUUUUUCGAAUGGCUCAAGGGUCUAGAAGGAGACAAGCUCGAGGGAGUCAACUAUGCGGUGUCUGGCUGUGGUCAUCAUGACUGGCAAGCUACCUUCCACUCCAUCCCUAAGGCGAUCGACCGUCUUGUACACCAGCGUGCCGGCACACGUCUUUGUGAGAUUGGAACGGCCGACGCAGCCAACUCGGACAUGUUCACUGAUUUCGACAGCUGGGGCGAGUCAGUCUUCUGGCCGGCGGUCAUGUCAAAAUUCGGAGUCCAGGUGAAUGGCACCGCGAAAGAAGCAUCGAACCUUGAGAUUCAAAUCCGUCCCGGGAGGCGCGUCUCUGCAUUAGGCCUACAGCUGCAAGAAGGUCAGGUUUUAGAGAACAGGCUUCUCACAGCGCCCUCCGUGCCGGAAAAGCGGAUGCUGCGAUUCAAGCUACCACCAGACAUGACCUACCAAUGUGGUGAUUACCUGGCUAUCCUGCCUGUCAACCCGCCAAAUGUCGUUCGCUGGGCGAUUCGUCGCUUCAACCUCUCCUGGGACUCCAUGUUGACCGUCUGGAAACCUACUGAUGCCAGCGGGUUGAUCGCUGUACCUUUGGAGACUCCCAUUUCUGCGUUGGAGCUCUUUUCCACCUACGUUGAGUUGUCGCAGCCCGCAUCCAAGCGGGACCUGAAGUACCUGGCAGAUGCGGCAAAUGGGGAUACAGCUGUCCAGAACGAACUGCGCUCCCUGGCUUCCGACGCCACACGGUUUGUGGAUGAAAUCGUCCAGAAACGAGUGAGUCCGCUCGACAUAUUGCUACGCCAUCCCGUCAUCGACCUCCCUCUGAAUACGUUCCUUACGAUGCUCCUCCUCAUGCGCCCCGGCGAAAAGGCCCAUAUGACCGUACGUCGGUCGACCUUUGGCUUCAAGCCACCCCUCGACCUUCAAACCCCCAUGAUCAUGGCUUGUGCGGGGAGUGGGCUGGCCCCAUUCCGGGGAUUCAUCAUGGACCGCGCGGAGAAGAUUCGCGGCCGGCAGUUGACAGGUGCGCCGCAUCCCGACAUCCGCGGCCUAGCCAAGGCCAUCUUGUACGUCGGCUGUCGCACCAAGGGCGUGGAUGACAUCCACGCAGAGGAGCUGGCGGAGUGGGAGCGUCUGGGCGCGGUCGAUGUGCGGUGGGUGUAUAGUCGUCCGGCUGGCGAUUCGCUGUCUGGCAGCUCCCCACAUGAGGGGUCUGAUGGGGCCGACAGAAGCAGGUGGCGACGACACGUUCAGGAUCAGAUCGUCCACGACCGAGAGGAGCUUGUUGCGCUGCUCGAACGGGGGGCGCGCAUUUUCGUCUGCGGUGGCACAGGGGUCGGCCAGGGGGUGCGCCAGGCUCUCAAGCGCAUCUACCUGCGGCAACGGUGGGACGGGUGUCGUCUGCGCAUUGAUACCGACGAGGGUGAUCCAAGCAGGACGGCAGAUGAUGAGGACGCCGCAGCCGAGAGGUUUCUGGAGAUGUUGAAGACGAAGGAGCGGUACGCGACAGACGUGUUCACUUAG